UAUAACGUCGCUGAACUCAAAAAUGAGAUUGGAAUAACAUUUAAAUAUUUGUUUCUAUUAUGGACAAUUGAAAAUGCGGUUGCUUUGCUCUUCUUUGGAUGCUUCUCUACUGCUUUCACUGAAAAUGUGGCGAAUAUAAGUGACAGUUUAGCUGUAGAAACAACAGUCGACUCAAUAAAAGUUUCAACAAGUCUACCCCCUGAAGUAAAGAGUAAAACGGAAAAACGGGAUUCUUCUGAUCAAAUUGGGCCAACAAUUUUCACACUUAAAGAGGAUGAGCCUUUUAAACCAAUAACCAGUGCCACAUUUCAUCAGCAAUUGCCGCUUCAGCCGCAGCAAUUCCAGUCAUCGUCAGCACCAAGCACUUUUCAACCAACAACAGUGCGUUAUGUGGCCGAAGAGGCAGCACCGCAGGCUUAUUACGACAGGCCUCCAAAUGGAGGCGCUCCCGCAAUUACAAAUGCUGAAAAACUUGCGAACCUUGUUGACGGUGGCAUUCAUUACGGGACCCCGCCGCAUGCGUAUCGAGGACCAUUCAAAGGACCAUAUCAACUGCAACUUGAACAGACGCAUCCACAGCCGCAGACGCAGCAACAGCAGCAGCAGCCUUUCAAUACAGCCAUAAACAAGCAACGUUAUAACCAGCAGCAAUACGUUCAGGCACCGAAGUUGCCUCCAAGCCCCGGUUAUUCCUCGCCUUCCUCAACAGACGCAAGUUUUUUAUCACUAGGGGGACUGCCGCAGCAGCAGCAGCAGUCGCCUCACCAACAACGUCAUUACCACCCCCAGUCACAACAGGAGCAGCAAAAUGAGCAGCAGAAGCUGCAACAGCAACAGCAAGUACAAAAAUAUGUGCCACAACAACAACCAUUUGUUGCUCUGCAAAAACAAUCACAGCCACAACAACAACAACAAUCUCUUCAAUAUCAACAACCUGCUAGACAGCAAAUUCAUUACAUUAUUGCUAUACCGUUAUCGUAUGUGCGGCAGUUACAACAUCAAUUAGCAGCCCAACACGGAUCACCACCCACGAAUCAGCAUCAACACCAACUUGCCGCACCGAUACCACUGCAAACACCGCGUCAUUCUCCUCUGCCGCCACUCAUUGUAUUGCAACCCGUUGGCAGCAGUGGCGGCGGCGGCAGCAGCAGCAGCAGCAGCAAUUCAUUAAGUCGCGAACCCUACCGCCUACAGCCGCCCAUUCAUUAUGUGCCACAAGCGUCUGCGCCAUCUAACCCUGAAGCCGGUUCGCAUAUUCAAUCGCCGCCAGCUUUGGUGCCACAACAAUUGCCUGCGCCUUUGAAUUUGGUGCUGGCAGCAGCAGCAGUACGGCCACGGCAUAUGGUGUACCCGGCAUCGCAGUUGCUCUUCGUACAGCCACAACUUAUUCGCCAUGCACCGCAACAGCAGCUGCAGCUGCAAGUCAAACAGCAUCAGCAGCCGCCACAUUAUGCUCAAGCGCCGGAUCAACAGCAGCCGCACUCUAUCGAGGAGCGUAACGCACAGCAACCACAUCACCAACAACAGCCUCAACCACAACAACAUGAACAGCGACCAAAGUCGCCGGUGAAGCAAACGCUAGCGCCACCACCCUCAGCAGCCACUGUUCCAUCAUCAACAUCAUCGUUGCCACCUCUUUCCCUACCCCCACCAGCUGCCUCUCCACAUGCGCCUGCAUUGCCAUUACAUUCAUCAUUGCCUGCUGCUCCGCCAGUGUUCUUCUAUAACCCCGCCUAUGUGCAAUCACCACCUCCCGAACAGCAUCCACUGCCACCUUCUCACUAUAGCAGCUACAUUCAAGGCCAAUUCGGACCAGCACAACAUCCAGCUACACUGGUCAAACUCUCAGCACCGAGUGCAUUACUUGCGCCACAGACGGCACUCACACCUCACUUUUACCCCAUUCAUCACUCACUCGGUGGUCCCCCAGCGUUGGCAACAGUGCUAAGUCCACAAAGCCUCUUAGUUGCGAAGGCGCCUCUUCAAUUUCAGCAGCCGUCCCAUCAGCAACCGCCAGCAUUACCUGCAUUUGUUAGCAAACCAGCCGUCUAUAUGGCACCGCAGGACGUUGUCAAUGGUAUUGCGGUAACGGGGUCAGGAGGAGGGUUGCCCUACUUCAUCCAUCCAGCUGGUGUACACUAUGGAACGCACCUGCAUAACCCCGAUACUCCCUUGGUAGCAACGUCGAAGAUCUUGGGAAGUGUGGCAAACGCAGUUGCUGAUAAUCAGCAGCACCAUCUGCAUCUGCAUCAACAAUCGCGGCCCGAACAGCAACGGAAACAGCAGCAACAACAAUUAGAUUCACGGGCUGCAAGUGGCGGUAAUGACGACAAUAACGCCAUUGUUAAGUACCCUUAAAGGUGUGGUGGUGCGGGAAUAUUGAAUCGAAGGGAAGGCUGAAGGUUUAGUCAAUGGUGGUUGAGGUGGCAGAACAGGAAACUGGUACACAACUACCGCCGUUUACCUACUAUACACACAUUAUGGGAUAUCUACGAUUAUUUUAGUUUACCUUUUAUCGCAUCCGUAUUACAUCUCCAUAAAAUACUAUUAUUUAUUUCUCAUACUUACGCCUAAGU